AUGAGCAAUUUAAAUAACGAUAAUAACGCUGUUCCAAAACGUCGAAGUAGUAAAGACCCAGUUGCAUUCUACGAAGUUCCAUCUGGUGUUGUUGUUCCUUCGAAAAUUAUUAGCGAUGCUAAACAGUCACUGAAAGAAAUACCAACAUCUCGUCCGUAUACACCACGUGAUGAAACAAGAUUUAGUCUUGGUAGACUACCAGUUUAUGUAAACAAUCAGGAUAUAUCAUCUAGUGUAACAUCUGUCGACUAUGAAACAGAAUCUCGUCCGGUUUCAGGUCAGCCACGAACAACCAUAAUAUCGCAGCCUUCACCACCUUCCACUACGCAAACAUCCGACUCGAGACAACGAAAGUCGUCCUCGAAAGAAUCAUCAAUUGGAAAUAGUAAAUCUUCUCAAAAUACUUCUGAUGUUGAUUACUCAUCAAUACCACCCCAAUCAAGAAUAGCGAAAAUAUCAUCAUCUGAAAUAACAAAAUCUAAAGUACCCUCGAAACAUUCGCCAGUUGUAACAGCGACUACACAUUCUACUACCUUAUCAACAUCAACGAGUGUAUCAACCACAAGAAGAGAUAGCAAUCCACGAAUAGGUAGUGCAUCUUCUUAUAAAGAUGAAACACCAGAAGAAACUGCCUUAUGGAAUACACAAAUAGUUCCAUUAAUCGACACAUUAUUAACAUCUUAUGAACAACGUAAUUUUGAUUUAUUUAAUCGUACGGGCAAUGAACUUUAUCAUCGUUUAAAUGUAAAUAAUUUAUUUUCAAAAAAAUGUAAACGACGAACGGAUAUAUUAAAAAUGUUUUUUGGUUUUAUUGAAUGUGAUAAUUCUAUUGUUAAAUAUCAUGUAGCUCGACUUAGUUUAGCGUUUCAAGUUAGUAGUACAAAUAAUUUAAAAAAUAUAAUCCGUUUAAUAUCGGAUCUAAGUGGAAAUUCGGAAAAUGAUCAUUUUUUUUUAACAAAUAAUUUGUUAGAUUUAUUAUUUGAUGGAAUUGAACGUAUUGAAGUAGUCAAAAAUAUUGAUACAAUUGUCUAUUUUUGUUGUGCAUUAAAAAAUUUAACUGUUAGUGAUAAAUUAUUAAAAAUUGUGUCAGAAAAAAAUGGAGUCGUAUUACUUCAAAAUAUUUUUAAAACUAUACUACGUUACAAGGAUCAAGAAGAUGUGAAAAAUCAAAUUUGUCAUUGUUUAAUACAGAUAACAGCCACAUUACGAAAUUUAGCUGAUAAAACGGAUAAUCGUAUUAAAUUUGUUGAAAAUAAUCUUAUUGAUAAUUUGGCACAAGUAUUAAAAUAUUUUACAAGUGUUGCUGAACUAAUGAAAAAUGUUGCUAGAAUAUUAAGUAAACUAACUCAACAUACUGAUUGUUGUUUAAAAUUAGUUCAAUGUCCAUCAUGUUACAAAUCAUUUUUAAAAAUAUUAAUUAAACAUGAAAGUAAACAAGCAAUUAUUGUUCGUAUUUGCUUUAUAUUGGGUAAUAUGUUAGCGAAAAGUGAAGAAGCUCGUAUUACUUUUAUGAAAGAAAAAUAUGCAUUAGAAACAUUAACAAAAUUAUUACAUUCUUAUAUUGAAAUGGACUCUAUGAUAAUAAAACCACAUAAUUUCGAAAUUGAAACAACAACACGAGAAGAUGAUGGCGAAGAAAAUACGGCAAAAUCAGUGGAAAAUGUUAUUAAUAAAGUAAUACGUGUACUAAGUAAUUUGGCUAUAUCGGAAGAAAAUGGUUUGAAAAUUAUUCAAAAUGAUAAAUGUAUUAUACCAUUAUUUAGUUUACUGGACGCGCCAAAACAACACAGUGAAGAUUUGAUUAUUCAUGUACUAAUGGCUUUAAAUAAUUUAUCCUAUUAUGAUGAUAAUCAAAGUAUUAUUGUGAAAAAUGCAGAAAAUUUAACAAAAUUAUUGUUGAGUUACAUACGUAAUGGUAAUAAAAUUGAUUUUGUUAUCGAAGGAUUUCGUGUAUUAGGAAAUUUAUCUCGAAUGAAAAAUGUUCGGAACGUAUUAUUACAUUCCAAAGUUGAUCGUUUAGCAAUUGAUUAUUGUGAAUCGGAUAAUAUCGAAUUAUUAUACGCUGUUAUUGGUGUUAUUAUUAAUCUAACAGUAGAUGAAGAUAAACGUUCUUAUUUGAAGGCAAACAAUGGAUUAAUAAGUUUGAUAAGUGUAUUAGAAUGUUCAGUAAAUCAAGAUUGGCAAUUAGCUAGUUUAGUUUGUAAAGCCUUAUGGAAUUACUGUGAUAAUGGAAAUCAAGUAUUAUGGUUUAACAAUGAUGAGUUAGAACAAUUAUUUACUAUAUUUAAUAAAACAUUACGUAAAGAUUUAUUACUCUCAACGGAAGACGAAGAAUUAGAUAAGAUAAAUAAUGAUUUAUGGAAAGAAGAAUAUUAUCCAGUAGCAUCACGAUUGUAUCGUCGUUUAGCUGAUCAAGGAAAUCAUAGUGAAACAUUUCAAAUUGAACAUAUUGCUUGA